AUGUCGGGUUGCGACCCCCUGGAGACGCUGCAAGUGGAAGCCAGUUGUUCGGUUUGCCUCGAAUACCUCCAAGAUCCCGUCAUCAUCGAAUGCGGUCACAAUUUUUGUCGCCGGUGCAUCACCCGGUGGUGGGCCGAGUUGGCGCGCGAUUUCCCCUGCCCCGUUUGUCGGAAAACCUCACGCCAUCGCGCUCUUCGACCCAACCGUCAACUCGGUAAUAUGGUAGAAGCCGCUCGGCAACUUCGCGGCGUCAAACGAAAAGCCGGCGGGGAAAGUCGUUGUCAAGCUCACGGUCAAGCUUUAGCUCGAUUCUGUCGCGACGAUCAAGCUCCCGUUUGCCUCCUCUGCGAGAUCUCCCACGCCCAUCGCGCUCACGCCCUCGUCCCCCUCGACGACGCGGCCCUCGAGUAUAAGGUCUGA